GCGCAUCAGCAAUGCAUCACUCAAAAACGGCAGCUCUGCUCUGGUUCAUCUCCGCCUUGCUCUUCUUCUCUCUCUUCCAGAUGGCCCGUCGGAACUCCGAUUCCGCUCGCAGUAUUCACCCCUCCGCCUCCGAUUCUGCGAUUCCGAUCAAGGAUCGGAGGUCGGCGCUGUACGAGAAGAUGGCUAGGGAUUUGGACGAGAAAGGUCCGAUGUUUCUGAAACGCGGCCAAACCUCUCAGUCUCUGUCGCUCUUCGAUCUUUUUACCGUGAAGGAUGGAUCGGUGGCGCCGGUGCUUAAGGCAGCAGAUCCCCCUGUUCGUGCUAAUGUGUUGUAUCUGAGCUCACACUACUCGCUUCGAAUCUCGGAGGCGCUCAAACCUAUUCUUGAUCCGUACUUUGAUAAAUUGAUCUGGUUUCAGAACUCAAAUUUGUAUCAUUUUAGUAUGUUCCACGCCUCGCAUCAUAUUUCACCUGUUCCGGCAACUCAGGAUGAGAUUGAAGCUGAAGCAGCUGCUGUUGGAGCUGUUGUAGAAGGCCUCUGUCCUUUAAAGAUUGUCUUAGACAGAGUGAUUUUAACUUCAACAGGUGUGCUUCUUGGAUGCUGGCAGGUAGUGUCCGGAUCAGAUCCUAUGACCAUCCGUGCAAAACUAAGGACUGCGCUUCCAAGUGCACCUGAGAAUCAACUUUAUGAUGAUGCUAUUCUUCACACAUCAUUUGCAAGGCUUUUGGGCGAGCCAAAGGCAUCAUCCGUGGUGCUCUCCAGUACUUCAGAUCAAAUCCACUUCUUUCAUGAGCUUGUUGAUCGUAUAAACAACAAACUCCAAGGAUUUGAGGCAGUGGUUACUGAGCUCUGGUAUGUGGAGGAAUUUGAUGUUUUGGCUCUUGCAUUGAAUGGAAGAAUGAAGGUGCGCAAGUUCCAACUUGGCUGCGCAUGAAAUACAGUAGUCAUAUAUCACAAGGCUUAUACAAGAAGAUCUCUCAUGAUAAUGAAGAUAUGUAGAUGGUAGCAUGGUUAGUUCAUCCCCCAGCUCUUCGUUAUUCAUGUGUACUCAUCUGUACCGGAAAAUCCACAGACAAAGAAAUAGGUGUUUGUUUUUCUAAUAGAGGACUGAACUUGAUGGACAAUUAUUUUACUU